AUGAUGUUGGUAGAUGUCCACUUUAUCGAGACAACCUCGUCCGGCACGAGGCUCAAGGCUGCUGUGAAGCGUUAUCGACCGGGGGGCGGCGGGACAGGUGACGAGCCUGGGUACAUUUUAGUAUUCACACAUGGGACUGGAUUUCACAAAGAACACUGGGAAGUCACAAUACAGCGACUUUUCGCUCUUGCGCUGUCCUCGUCGAUUCGGAUCCUGGAGGCCUGGGCAGUCGAUGCGCAGACUCACGGCGCGUCUGCUGCAAUGAACGAGGAGAUAAUAGAGGCACCAGAUUUCAAUUACCCUAUACAGGAUUAUGCUGAAGCAUGCGCCAACGUGUAUAAGUCUCUCCUCCGUCCGAUAAUUCGAGAGGAUAUCCACAAACUCGUUUUAAUAGGGCACUCGGCUGGUGCUUCAGCGGCCGCGCUAUCAACAGCCUUCUGCGACCACAUCCCUUUCCACGCCAUGAUCCUCAUCGAACCCACCGUAUGGCCCGCCGACAUAACCAACAUCCACUCCCCCACAUUCAUCUUGGCAUCCAAAACGAUCCCAAGGCGUCGCGAUUUCUGGGUAUCCAAGGACGAAGCUCGAGCAUACCUGAAGAAACGUGCCCCGUGGAGUCUCUGGGAUACUCGAAUUUUGGAUGUGUAUAUCGAAUAUGGAAUUGCACCUCACCCUACAAAGAAGGGCGUACAUCUUGCGUGCACGCCUAGGCACGAAGCGAUGCCUUUUAUCACGGGAGACUCGGUGGUACCUUUAACAGAGCUGGAUAAAACCCAUAAGAUUAUACCUAUCCACCUUGUGUACGGCGAGCGGAACGACCUUUUUACUCGCGAGAAGCAAGAUACCCUUCAGCGCGGCCGAACUUUUGCUUCAGUUACGCGUAUCCCAGGGGCAGGGCACUUGGUUGUACAGGAAGCCCCAGACGAGGUUGGAGACGUUAUUUUUGAUAUAUUGCAGGACAAAGCUAGGAGAUGUAAGCUGUAA